UCUCUAUAGUAGGCAUGGGAGGAAUUGGAAAGACAACCCUGGCCCAACUAGCCUACAACGAUGAAGAGGUGAAAGCCCAUUUUGACAUGAGAAUAUGGGUUUGUGUCUCUGACCCUUUUGAUGAGAUUAGGAUUGCCAAAGCAAUAGUUGAACAAGUUGGACAAUCGGGUCCAAGUUUAGUUGAACUGGAAAGUGUCCUGCAAAACAUGUGUAAAUCCAUCAAGGAAAGGAAGCUCCUUAUUGUCCUAGAUGAUGUGUGGGUUGAGGAUUACAAAAAGUGGGAGCCUUUGAAACAUUGUCUUCAGCAUGGUGCUAAAGGAAGUACAAUUUUGGUGACCACACGUAAGGAGAGGGUAGCACAGAUGAUGGGAAGCUCAUGUAUGUUCCAGCUGCAGAAUUUGUCUGAGGGGGACACUUGGUGGUUGUUUAGUCAGUUGGCAUUUCUUGGAAGGGCUAGUGAAGACUGUGAAACAUUAGAAGAAAUUGGCAAGAAGAUUGUUUCCAAGUGUAAGGGUCUGCCUCUUGCUGCAAAAACUCUAGGGUCACUCAUGCGUUUUAGAAGAACUAAAGCAGAGUGGCAGAAUGUUCUGGAUAGUGAGAUUUGGGAAUUGGAAGAGGCUGAAAAGGGCCUUCUACCUCCUCUAUUGUUUAGCUUAUAUGAUUUGCCCUCUGCAAUAAGACGGUGUUUCUUAUUUUGUGCCAUCUUUCCCAAAGAUUAUGAAAUAAAGAAGGAUGUUUUGAUCAAAUUGUGGAUGGCACAAGGUUACCUCAGCUCCUCGCGAAGUAGAGAGAUGGAAGUAACUGGUCAGGAGUACUUUGAAAGCCUAGCUGCACACUCUUUGUUCCAGGAUUUCAUAAAAGAUGAUGAUGGUAGCAUAAUACAGUGCAAGAUGCAUGACAUAGUUCACGACUUUGCACAAUUUCUUACAAGAAACGAAUGUGUUAUCAUGGAGGUUGACAGUAAAAAAAAGCCAAGCAUGGAUGCAUUCUACAAAAAGGUUCGUCACUUAACCUUGACAUGUGCAUCAGAUGCGCAAAUGCCCGUCUUCAAUUACAAUGCAGUCAAUUCACGCACUCUCUUGAAUCUGGCCGAAGACAUUGCUCUACCUCAUUUAUUCGAUAAUUUGACACGGCUUAGGGCAUUAGAUUUAAAUGCUGCUGCAAUUAAAGAAGUUCCUGUCAAGGUACGCAACUUGAUGCAUUUAAGAUACCUUAACUUGAGUAAAAACACUAGAUUGCAUGAAUUGCCUGAAGCAGUGUGUGAUUUGAGCAAUUUGGAAUCCCUGAUCCUUAAUUGGUGUCAAAGCCUCAAGAGACUAACUCAAGGGAUUGGGAAACUUAUCAACUUGAGGCAUCUUGAGCUUGAAGAGACCUCAAAUCUAAGGAAGUUUCCUAAAGGAAUUGGAAAAUUAAGUUCUCUUCGAACAUUGAGCAAGUUCAUUGUGAGAGGCGAUGGUGUUAAAAAGGCAUGUAAUAUGGUACUGUUAAAAAAUAUGAAACACCUCCAAGGGAUUCUUUACUUGGAUGGGCUAGAAAAUUUGAUAAGUGGGGGUGAGUCUAAGAAAGCAGAAUUGAAGAACAAGAAAAACCUUUUGGGUUUGAGGCUGGAUUUCUAUGGUCAGAAAAGAGAGGGAGGAAUUCACAAUGAUGAUGAUGAUGAUGAUGUAAUUGAAGAAUUGCAGCCAAAUCCAAAUCUGGCAUCCUUACACAUACUCUACUACCAAGGCACUAGGUUGCCAAGUUGGAUAAUGAUGUUAACCAACAUGAGAGAGCUUAUACUCAAAAAUUGUGAAAACUGUGAGAAUUUGCCUCCUUUGGGAAAUCUCCCUUCCCUUGAGUUACUAGAAAUAUGGUAUAUGUAUCAUGUAAAGACCAUGAGCCAUAGAUUUUUGGGGGAGGAUGCACAUGAUAGCAUUCCAAACACAGAUGAUGUACUAACCGCAUCUACAAAAAUUGCAUUCCCAAAACUGAAGAGACUCGGGUUUUUUGGCCUGACAGAGUGGGAAGACUGGUAUGACUGGACAAGCUGGAGAGAAGAUUGUUUGAUAAUGCCGAGACUCAGUUGCUUGACAAUUGAAUGCUGCCCCAAGCUAAAGGCACUGCCACACCUCAUUCAGACUGCACCUAUACAAGUAACUAUCAGAGAGUGUCCUAUACUUGAGACAAUGCUGCCACAAGGAGAGAGGAGAGGAUUGGGCCAAGAUAUCUCAUAUCCCAAUCAAAUUUGAUUCA